GACUACCGGUAUUCCACCUUUCCUCUCACUCUCAAAAACGAUUAUCACACACUCACAAAUUCAUGCUAAAAAUGCAUUUCUUCUGCUUCUAGCUCCUUUACUUACUCUUGCCUUGUCGUUAUUGGAAAGCUGAGUUUCGUACGCAGAUCAGGUAAAAGAUUUGAAAAGAAAAAUAAAAAGCUGAGUUUGAGAGUUUGUUUUGGUUAUUGGAGUUUGAUUUGAGUGAAAGAAAUGGCUCUGAAUUUGCUAUUGCCUCCUGAAAUCAAGGCCAUCUCUUUCUUGGACACCUCCAAGACUAAAUCUCUCAAGCCCAAAGGUGGGUUUGCCAUCAAGAGAAAGGAUUGUGGUGGGAAAUUUGCAAAUAGAAUUCAGUGUGCUGCACAGCCACCCCCUCCUGCCUGGCCAGGAAGGGCUGUGGCUGAACCAAACCAAAAGAGUUGGGAUGGUCCAAAGCCUAUUUCAAUUCUCGGGUCGACUGGUUCUAUUGGAACUCAGACGCUGGAUAUAGUUGCAGAGAAUCCAGACAAAUUUAGAGUUGUUGCACUUGCAGCUGGGUCAAAUGUGGCUCUUCUUGCUGACCAGGUCAAAACAUUCAGACCAAAGUUAGUUUCUGUUCAACAUGAAUCAUUGGUUGAAGAACUCAAAGAAGCUUUGUCUGGUCUGGAAGACAAACCUGAAAUUAUUCCUGGAGAGCAGGGUAUUAUCGAGGUUGCCCGACAUCCAGAUGCUGUCACUGUUGUAACUGGAAUAGUUGGCUGUGCAGGGCUUAAGCCUACAGUGGCUGCUAUAGAAGCCGGGAUAGACAUUGCCUUGGCCAAUAAAGAGACACUAAUUGCUGGCGGUCCGUUUGUCCUUCCUCUUGCUCAAAAGCAUAAAGUGAAGAUUCUUCCCGCUGAUUCAGAACAUUCUGCCAUAUUCCAGUGUAUUCAAGGCUUGCCAGAGGGUGCUCUCAGGCGUAUUAUUCUAACAGCUUCGGGAGGGGCUUUUAGAGAUUUGCCCGUUGAAAAGCUGAAAGACGUGAAAGUAGCUGAUGCUUUGAAGCAUCCUAAUUGGUCUAUGGGAAAAAAGAUUACUGUUGAUUCUGCCACCCUAUUCAAUAAGGGUCUGGAAGUUAUUGAAGCUCAUUACCUUUUUGGGGCCGAGUAUGAUGACAUUGAAAUUGUGAUUCAUCCGCAAUCCAUCAUACAUUCCAUGAUCGAAACAAAGGAUUCAUCGGUUUUGGCACAAUUGGGGUGGCCUGAUAUGCGUAUUCCUAUCCUUUACACAAUGUCCUGGCCGGAUAGAAUUUAUUGUUCUGAGAUCACUUGGCCACGCCUCGAUUUGUGCAAGCUUGGGUCGUUGACAUUUAAGGCCCCUGACAAAGUAAAAUACCCAUCCAUGGAUCUCGCUUAUGCUGCUGGGCGGGCAGGAGGGACCAUGACGGGAGUUCUCAGUGCAGCAAAUGAAAAAGCUGUUGAAUUAUUUAUCGACGAGAAAAUUAGCUACCUGGACAUUUUCAAGGUUGUUGAGCUAACCUGUGAUAAGCAUCAAGAAGAGUUGGUUUCCUCGCCAUCCCUGGAGGAAAUCGUACAUUAUGAUUUAUGGGCUCGGGAUUACGCUGCCAGUUUGCAAACCUCUAGCGGCUUGAGCCCAGCGCUCGUAUAGCCAGCCGGCCGGGAGCACCGUUGGUCAGAGGAGCAAAGCGAUCAUGUUACCGGCGAAGGCGAGUUUUCCGGGGAAAAGUGAAAGGGGAAUGGGAGGGGGAGCAGGAGUUUCACAUUUGAAAUAAACAUAGUAAUGCUUCUGUGAGCAUCUGUAAUGAUACUUCAUUUAUGAGCUGAACAGCCUGGAAAUGGUAUAAAAUUUUAUGAUUCAUUUGUCCUGUGUC